CAAUUAAGAGCGUCUUUAUUUUGAAAGUUAUAAUAGGAAGUUGUCAUUUGCACAUGCGCAAUGCCAUAGUGACAACAAGCUUAAAAAAAGCCGAGUUAGCAAGUGUUAGCUAAAGAAGACGGUCGUUUUCACUCAAAAUACUCGUUGAAAUGUUUCGGAGAAAACUGACAGCUCUAGAUUACCACAACCCCAGUGGAUUUGACUGCACAGAUGAGAUCCAGUUCAGGAACUGCAUCGUGUGGCUGGAGGACCAGAAGAUCCGGCAUUAUAAGAUAGAGGAUAGGGGCAACCUGAGGAACAUCCCCAGCUCAGACUGGCCCACAGCUUACCAGACGUACCUGCAGGAUGUGAACUGUCCGUUCGGAGUUCAGGAGAAGCCGGAGGCUUUAGACUGGUUACUGGGCCUGGCUGUACGAUAUGAAUAUGGAGACAAUGUGGACAAGUACAAGAACUGUCCGCCGCUAGCAGCCUCCAGUAAGAGCGACCGAGCAGUAGAUCCUCUGGUCAACCUCGAUAGUAAUUCACCAGAUUUCAAAGCAGGAGUUACAGCUCUGGCCAACAUCCUCAAGAUACAGCGGCAUGAUGACUAUCUGGUUAUGCUGAAGGCCAUUCGUAUUCUGGUCCAGGAGAGACUUUCUCCAGAAGCCAUUGCUAAAGCCAACCAGAAUAAGGAGGGUGUUCCAGUCACUUUAGACAAGCACACCUUGGGUUUUGACACUGGAGACGCAACUCUGAAUGAAGCAGCCCAGAUUCUGCGCCUGCUGCACAUCGAGGAGCUGAGGGAGCUGCAGACCAAGAUCAACGAGGCCAUCGUAGCUGUUCAGGCUAUUAUAGCCGACCCCAAGACAGACUACAGGCUAGGCAAGGUCGGCAGAUGAGUGAGGGUGAAGAGAGCCGCUGGAGGAAAGGAAGGACUCAACCACAGGAGGCUGAAUUAGAUUUUCUAAGGAGAAGUUUUUUUGUUAGUUUAAAGUGGACAAAAUGAGUUGGCAUUUUUUCCAUUGUUGCAUGAGAUCAGACACAACAAACUGGGAAUUUGGCUGCCUUUCAUUUUUGUACAGCAGCUUGGAUAAUUUGACACCAAAACAUUUACUGUGUUACAGUAAUUGCUGAAUAGUUAAUACUGAAGUACUCAUUUCUGCUCGUAUGCUAAAUUAUUCAAUUCUUAAGACUUGGGGGUUGAAAACUGACCCUUUUUUUUUGCAGAUUAAGAAAUGGUUAUCUUGAAAAUGUUUACAAUGACACUGUGUGGGAAAGUCUAUAAAUACAGUUGAACAGA